CCGGGGGUUGAUUAAUCACGGGGAUUAGUGGCCGCCCAGCCAAGGCAAGUUAAGCCAAGCCAAGUGUAUUUUUUAAAACGCCACAAAAUCAACAGUCCGCAACCCCCGCUCGAGGAGGGCGCCAGAAAUCGAAAGUGAACCGCUGUUCCGCUUUCGCGCCGUGUUUAUCCUGCUGUGAUUUGUUUACAAUCGGCUGGUGCUGUUUGUGUCGGUUCGUCGGUGUGGUGCAGAAAUUGUGUUGAUCUUCCGUUAGAGGCGCACCGUGGUGAUCGCGUGCGGUGUGCUGCUUGCCGCUGUCCAUGUGGCUCCGUCCGUAGCUGUCCGCUUCAUCGAUAUAUCCCGCUCGCGAUGCUGAAGAAGGAAAAACCUAUGCUGUCGGUGGCUGCCAUCAUUCAAGCGCAGGGUCGCUGGGAUCGUUCACUGGCCGGAUUGGCAGGUUUCGAUGCUUCGCUGGUCGGCCACAUGGGCCCGCUGUCACCGCCGGAUCUGAAGCCCGACCUGAAGCCGGACAUCUCGCUGCUGAACGGCAGCGGUGGCGGUCCGUUCUCGCCCGGCAACAAUUGUGGCGGUGGUGGCCCCGGAAGUCCGGGCAGCGUCGGCGGUGGAUCGUUCAAUCCGGUUGCGGCCGCCGUCCUUCAGCAACAGAAUGCGCUGCUGGUCGGUGCUGGCGCUGGUCUCGGGAAUGGGGCCGGCGGAGGUCCACAGAACAGCAUGCUGGUCGGUGGUGGAGGCGGUAGUGGCGGGGGAGGACAGCAGGGCAGCAACGGCGGAGGCAGUGGGCCUGGAACACCGUCCAACAUAACGCAACAGUACCCGCCCAACCACCCACUCAGCGGCUCGAAGCAUCUCUGCUCGAUCUGUGGCGAUCGGGCCAGUGGCAAGCAUUACGGUGUCUAUAGCUGCGAAGGAUGCAAAGGAUUCUUCAAGCGCACGGUACGCAAAGAUCUGUCGUACGCCUGUCGGGAGGAAAAAAACUGUACGAUAGACAAACGCCAAAGAAACCGCUGCCAGUACUGUCGGUACCAGAAAUGUUUGGCAUGCGGCAUGAAGCGGGAAGCGGUCCAGGAGGAACGGCAACGGAGUUCCAAAUUUUCCAUAAAGAGUGAGGAAAUAAACUCGACCAGCUCGGUGCGGGACGUUGUGGUCGAUCGAUUCUUAGAGGCUGAGCAGCUGGGCGAGCAGAAGAGCGGCGACAAUGCCAUACCGUACCUGCGGGUUGGCCAGAACUCAAUGAUUCCACCGGAAUAUAAGGGCGCCGUGUCGCAUUUAUGCCAGAUGGUCAACAAGCAGAUCUACCAACUGAUCGAGUUUUCUCGAAGGUUGCCCAACUUUUCCAACCUGCCACGUGAGGACCAGGUCACGUUGCUGCGCAGUGGCUGGAACGAGAUGCUGAUCGCUUCCGUAGCCUGGCGGAGUAUGGAGUACAUUGAAACCGAGCGGCCAGCGGAUGGAAGAAGCGAUGGCCGAGUGACGAUCCGGCAGCCACAGCUCAUGUGCUUGGGACCGAAUUUUACGCUGCAUCGGAACAGCGCCCAACAGGCCGGCGUCGACUCCUUGUUCGAUCGCAUCCUGUGCGAGCUGGCGAUCAAAAUGAAAAGACUGGACGUGAAUCGGGCCGAGCUGGGCAUACUGAAAGCGAUCAUCCUGUUCAACUCCGAUAUCCGAGGCCUCAAGUGUCGGAAGGAGAUCGACCAGAUGCGCGAAAAGAUCUAUGCUUGUCUGGACGAGUACUGCAAAACGCAGCACCCAUCGGAGGAUGGGCGAUUUGCGCAGCUUCUGCUGCGGUUGCCAGCCCUUCGCUCGAUCAGCCUCAAGUGCAUCGACCAUCUCAACUUUCUGCGGCUGCUCGGUGAUAAGCAGCUGGACAACUUUAUCAUUGAAAUGCUCGAUACCCCGUUGUAGGUAGCAGGGCACCGAAGGGUACCGCAAGGCUGUACGCUACUCCUCAUUUCGGUGCUGCUGAUCCUACUUCUACCGCUGAAAGACGCCGGAUUGUUUGGGUUACUACUUUCGAUUGCAUUUCUCAAGCACAACAGCCUGCAUGCGAGGCGAUAGAGUUGGGCACCGUUGACAAGCUCCGUUGAAUGAGCCACUCUGGUCACAAAAACAUCAUACAUCAUGUACUCUUCCUCAUUCACAACGUAGUACAGAUCUAGCAUGUAAUACGGAUCACAAAAAGAGACACACAUUUUUGUUAGGCAGAUGAACGGCAGAAUACCCAGGAAACGGGAGUGUGUAACGUGAUGCUGAUAAAGUUGUGAAGCAAAAGUCCCCCGUACGACAUUGUAUUAGAAAAUAACGUAGAAAUCAGCACUGCAAAAACAAUGUGCUGAGAGACAUGAGGACGGUAGAAAUCUCGAUAGGACGAGAGAACAGAACUCGAUAAUGCAAAAUGCAAGAAGAAAAUAACAAACAGGCACACACACUUAGAACAGAACUUAGACGGAACAAAACAAAAUGAAAUAUGGUGCAAAUAGUUUUUAUCGAACACUCAAACUUAAUCCCGUUAACAGUGUAAGCAAAUAGCUAUAAAGUGAUAAAGGUGAGGGAUCCGAAAUGUCGGACACGGACCGUUUGCCAGCCCGGCACCGCUCUAGUGUGUGCUUGACAUUUGGCAGCUAAUGAAAUAAAUUUGCCGAUCCAAAUCGGUUGACAACCUGGGGCAAUACCAUGAGCGAGAAAGAAGACAACGCGAGUGUAUGUGAGUGUGCGUAUGAAUGCGAAGGCGGCGGGAGAAAAAGAUGUUUAAAUUUUACGUAGUUUCAGUCUUCUAGUGUGUAAGCUAAUGAGGAAGGUAGUAGAGAAGAAGAACAAACCACACUUCAUCCUUAAGACACGUAGCAAGAAGCGGUAUAGAUGCACAUAGUGGACCGCACGCGUGAAAGAUCGCCCUUCGAAGGGCGAUGCAGACUUUAUGUAGGCUUCCCCGUCGUCACUGGAACUGUCUCAAGCUCAAUCGACGCAAUGCGUUUCGUGGGUUCUUCGUGCAAAGUCUCAUUACUUCGUAAAGUAUUGUUAUUCCCAUUUCUUUUUUUUAUUAUACUCUUAUUCGUUGGCUUUGGCUCUCUUACGAAAUGUGUGAAGGGUUUGCGGAAGGCUCAGAAACAGCUCGUGUUCGCUCAAUUCAUUCGUAUAAUAAUCCAUCCCGAACCGAAUGAUGUUAGCGAUAGUGUGUGCUAUAGAAAACGGAGGGAGCGCACGUUGCGCAGUCAGUUUGUGGUACGUUUCGUAGGAUCGUUUUGCACAUUUAUUUGUUACACAAAAACUACUAUGACGAGGAACCUCAACGACCUAGUAAGACCAACAUGCCAGCUACUUCCCUGCAGCCCAUUCUUCUUCAAGUAUUACCACACCCGUACUAGACCCCGUGAAUCGGGUAUCUAUGCUGGCACGCGAAGCAACGUGUCACGCGCAAGAGACUCUACAAAGCGAAUAGUAAUAAACACAACUAAUGAGUGAAACUGUACGACCUGUUGACCAGCGAUACCCAGCGAAGGCACAAACCCACACAAUAAAACAAAUAUUUAUUAAUGAUUGCAACCUGCUCCUGCGCGGGAACCGUUUUUCCGCCGCGUCCUCCCGGGGUGGCGUGCGGCGGGUUCAAUGAAGCGCAAUCCCAACCGCUUAUCUCAAGUACCACUGUUAGACUGUUUCACACACGCCCGCUAGGGGCGCUUUCAAAGGAUGGAAGUACUAUGAUUGUUGCUAGUGAUGUAUAAAGUGUGUUUUUUUUAUUAGAAUUCAUGUGCAAAUGAACGUUAGAAUGUUAUAGGCGGUGACACCGGAGAACUGAGCGAAUAGUGCGGGAUGGUUUGAAACAGGGUUUGUUAGAUGGUGACGGAUGCUGCGACGAAGUCGAAUAUAUAACUCACGCCCUGUGACAAGGGAAUCAGUAGAGACAGUUAAGAAGUCAGCAAUGUUUUGAGCUCUCAGGAAAAUCAAACAAAAGGGAAUCGUGUGAGUGCUAGUAGGCGGCACCGCUCGGGAACUGGGCAAGAAAGACGUUGAGUAAAGAAAGACGACACAAAAAAGGCCAAGCAGGGGGCAUGGUACAGAUGAAACUAAUUUAUAUAUUUGUAAGCAUUUCGAAAAUGGCAACUGUGGGAACUGGCCAAUGGGUGGGGGCCGCAGAGUUUAAAAAUUCGUAGUGAACAAAAAAUCAAUAAACACACAUAAUG